UCCCACACCGUCCCAUAAUGCCUUUCCAUAAACAUGACCUACAAGUGAUAUCGCGACGGAGUAGCGGUAGUGUCGGUCGACUCGGGGGUGAUGUGAGGGAAAACAUAUGUAGCACACGUUGACUGAAGAACCAUCUGAAUGUGGGGCACCCACACAUAUGUCCCAAGAAAGAGAAUUAGUUUCGUACUCUUGGGAUCAACCUCCCUGCUUCUGAUAAAAGUUCAAACAAAGCUUCGGGCACAUGUGGCAGUGUUGAAAAGCUCCUUGCACUGUCAUUGCAUUUCAACGGCCGACUCCUUCGUCAUCCAAGAAGCUCCAUCUGAACGCAGGUGCUCUGAGAAAGGACCCGCCACUCAACAAUCUCCACCGACGUACAACGAAGCACUUAACUACCCCAAGUUUUCAUUUGAGCAUGUGACAACAUUCCCCAGUGCCGAAUCGUGUAACUGGUCACGCUCCACCGUGGAGCCUACACAGACCCCCCUUAUCAGCUCCCUGGAAGACAUCCAUGAUGAGAGUCGACCCCACGACUCGGACAAUGGAGGGACACACCGGUCCUCCGCCAUCAGCCGGGGGUCGAACAGCGGGGAGACAACCGCUGACCUUCUGUUGGAUGUCCCUUCUUCGUCCAGGACGGACUCCACCGGGCUUGAGGAAACAGGGAGCAAGACAUCAAGUGGGGAGACGAAAUCAAAACUUAAAUAUUUCUGGAAAAAUGGAAAGAUUCAGAAGAAGAGGAAUGGGAAGAAGGUGAGCCAGGAGGAUGAAGUUCGUUACUGUUGGAGGAACGGGAAGGUCAUCGCUAUACGAGGCAUUGGGGACAGUUAUUCGGAAUCAGAAGCGAAAUCCAACCCCCGAGUCGUCACCUGCUUCACCAUAUCUGUCUGGCUUGGCUUUUUCUUCUUUGUUGCCGUUGUCGUUAUCGUCCUCUUCUUCCUUCUGUCCUGAUUUGCCCGGAAGGUCCCGGACAAUGCCACUGCAAGUCAGAACAAAGUACACACGACAUCACCGUACAUUCAACGAUUCCCACAAGACACCAAAGGACGAACAUAUAUACCAUCGCCACAGUGGACAUAGGACUGUAAUAUGAUUGAAACGGGUUAUUUGCAACACAUUAUCUUCUCAGGGUUGACUCCGAAAUUAAGGUCGUGAUUGCCUGCUUGUAAUGAUAUUGUGUUACAGAUUGCCUCCAAAACAUCAUUGUGUAGCGACGUGAAUUUGUGUUCUGCGACGACGAAUGAAUCGAGAAUGACGUGCACAAGAACCUUUCAGAAACAACAUCUAAUCGAAUAACUUCAGUGCCGUGUUACUUUGAUCAUCGACGACAAGGGUCUCUCGGGACCUCUCGAGGAUCUCGCACGGAUCUAUCAAUGCAGGGUACAAUAUAUUUGAGUGACUCCAGAUUGAAAGAACAACAUUAGACUUUAGUUCAUUUCUUUGUAUGGAUUUAUUGACAAAGCAUUUCUGACUUUGGAGCAUACAGUAGUCAUAGUGUUUCAUAUGCCAUGCGAUGUGAGAUUACUUUGGACGUUGUUGGCUGUCACGACAAAUAUGAACAAAGGUUAGUUGCAGGAAUUACAACCGACGUUUCUACACCAUCACAUUGUGUGCCGUAAUUUUGUCAAGGGAUGUUAUGGAUUGAUACAAGGCCACCCGACUCCUAUAAGCGUACGGAUGCGCAGAGUGAUAUACGUUCAUCAUGUUGAACAUGUUUAAUCAGUGAUGGCGUCAUCGCUGUAAGCCUCCAUGUCAUUUUACUUUUCAGUCACACUCUUCUACAUUCCCCGAUGAAUUACAUUUCGUAAUUUUGGAGUUUUGUUUGGAAAUGUGGAUUUAAUUUGAGCCAGAAACCAGUACUAGCCCUAAAUAUGUCAGUCGAUGUGUAGGAUCUUGUGACAGCACAAGAAAUGGUGACGUUUUUUCACACUUUUGUCAUACACGAUUUUAAUAUCCGCACCCUUGAAUUCUACCAGUGAUAUUUAUGACUUGAAAUGUAUUAGUAUUAAUUGUCUCACUCUUCUACAUUUGUCACGUUUCACUUCUAAGGAACAGUCUUAUUUAUUUCACAAAUAUCUUUCAAUGGAUAGGUUAGUGUAGAGGGUUAGAACUUUUCUUGCCUUCUUCUUAAUAUCGAUAGGUAGCCUUUGUACCACUGGCAUGUAACUUCUCUAUCAGCGUGUGCACUCAUGAACUACACGUUCAUGCUUGAAUCAACAAUAUAUGCAUGGAGAUGCUUUCAUAUUGUACCGUUUCAUCCCCUUCUAAAACACUUAAUUCAAAUGGCACGUUGAUGCAGAGACAAUUACCAGCUGAUGCAAACCAUUGCGAUCUUUCGAAUUAAGUAUACUUAUAGGACAUACGAUUACAGAUGUGCAAUAUGUUGGUAUGUAAUUUCGACUGCUUUCAAGUCUCAGGUUUUGAGCAUUCAUUUCUUUUCUCUUUAAUGUCUAUCAUGAUAGGCCACUGUUUUAUUUGCUAAUAGUGAAAUAGGAUAUUUUCCCGGGAUGAAAACUAAAUUGAUUAUUCGGAUAAAAGGAUCGUCAGUAAUUGCUUCUCUGAAACUUACUCUUGCAGACUUUCAGCGAUAAGGAUGACAGAUCUUAGAGGCACUUCCGAUUUAUUCAAGACAUUUACUUCUGACAAAAACGUUUCCAAGUGAUACCAGAAAGAGCCUGUGUACUAUUUUUUAAGUACUUGCAAAAGAAUCGAAACUUAUGUAUUGCGUUUUGCUGCUGUAAUAUAACUAGUCGGAUAUAUCCAAUUCAUACAUCGAACACUAAUGCAGAAGAACGUAUGUAUUCAUGAAAUUUCUUUAAGAUUAUUUUGAUAACGGUUCACUUGUCAUUAUCGGGUAUACAUUAUUUGUAAAGUCAUUUAUUUAGACAUUUAUUACCAAAUUCCUUGUUUCAGUGAUUUCAGUUUAAUUCAUUUAGACCAUAAUUACCAAAUUCCUUGUUUAGGUGGUCCAUUCUUGUAACUUUCAUAGCUAUUUUGCCCUUUACGUCAAAUGGAAUUGGUUUCAGUGAAUAAUUAAGACUGGCAAGUCUCAUGCAUUCUCAUGCAUUGGCAAUUUAUAUUCAGUUUCAAAAACAACCAAACAAGGUGAGUUAAUAUCAAUAUUGGUUUCAGAAAUGGUAUUUACGUCUAUUACACUAUGUUGUUAUUUACUUAAUUGUUUAUUGAACUGGUACAUCUCUGACGUCAUGCGCUAUGUUUUUGUUGAUCGAUUUUACAUAUUCCUGUGCCAUGGUUACAAUGCUUAUUCUUAUACUUGUUACCAGUUGUAUUAUCUUUGCUACUGAGUUUCUUUCAGAGCAAUUUGUGAAGCAAUAUGUUGAAUAUAUAUUGUUUGUUUCUUACAAGGCGUGAUGGCCAAAUGUUAUGAAUGGCGUUUCGAUAUGUACGUUCUGUUUACUAUUGUGUCUAGUAGGAUCUCCGAAUGCCAAAAACUACUACUACUAAAACAUUUUCGCCCAACUAUGUGUAAAUGAACCACAUUCUGUUACAAAUAUCUACUAUGUCUUACGAUUCUAUUAAUCAGCUGUUGUCGAUGAUCUGAUGAAUGGCCAAUUUCAAAUAUUCUUCGUCACAGUUUUGUUCUCUUACCUGUACUGAUACUCCGAGGGGGCGACGGGGUAGCCUCGUGGUUAAAGCGUUCGCUGCUCACGCCGAAGACCCGGGUUCGUAUGAAGCCCUUUUCUGGUGUCCCUGGCCCUGAUGGUUGAGGAAUGUUGCUAAAAGCGGCGUAAAAAACAUACUCGCUCACUUAUACCCAGACGAGAACAUAAAGCAAUAACUGCUUGCGAUUUUGACGUACAUGCUAACUUGCAACACCAACUUGAUGCUUCAGGACAUCCGUCAACAUAACAGGUAUCAUAUUAUUAUAUUUGAUACCUGAUAAUGUAUGUUGUAAUACAAGAGAGCGCAGGUAGCCCCGUCGUCUGAGGUUCCGGGACUCAAUGUGCAGAGUUGCGUCCCCUUGGCGUACCAGAAACACAUAAUCAUGAGCUGGAGUUCCCGAUUCGCGCUGAUUAUGUGUCUGGGUUUAUCAGUACCCAAAGUUGUAAAUGUCUGAGACCUGCAUCACCUCUGGUUUUCCUCCCACAUGAGGCUGACAUGCCGCAAUAUUACUGGAACGCUGACGUUAAACCAAACUUACUUACUUACUCACUCACACACUACUACUACUGCUAUAUAAUUUCAGGAUGAUAGACUCCUUGAAGCUACACGUCAUUAACUCAGAUCUGAAAAGUAACAAAUGGCAUUAAUUUGAUUUGAAAUAUAUAUUUGAAACUCACUGCCAACUAACUGAUCUCUAUUUUUUCUCAACUGUGUCCAUGUCAAAUAAUGAUCGAUUUUGGUUGACUGAUUUCAGGAAAGACGACAUUUUAUUGUAAGUGUCAUAAGCAACAGCACAAUGACGAGCAGGUCCCAUCGCAACUGACUGACUUAGAUACAGUUUAAGAGCAGCAAAAGAAUGAUACCUCUCAGUUGAUGCUAUAUGUUUGAUUUUGAAUAGAAACUAUCUUAAGUUAGCGAUAUUAUAUAAAAAUAAAUGAACUGCAUUGGCGCUUAGUCAGCUCUCGAAGAAUUCAUUUCUUACCCCAGUCUUCAUUGAACCAUUUUCCACAAACUUACCAGGAAAGAGCGAUGGUUAAAUAGACAUACUCAAUUAUAACAACAUUUCUUUCAAUUUUCAAUUACAUUAAAAAAACAAACUCGGAAUACUUUCUUUUGCCCCUCAAUUUAAUUGAUGAGAAAAAUACUCGGAAACUUGUAUGUUUUUUGCAGACUGAAACAUUGAAUCUAUGAACUCAUUGACACCAAGAGAUAUCAGAAUGUUGCGUUUUUAACAUAUGUCAGUAUAUAGCCACCGUUUGGUAACUUGAAUAAACGAUAUAAUAUAUGUAAAUUUCCAUCUAUAGGAAAUGAAUGUAAACGAAUAUGCAAGGUACUAACAUGUUAGUUUCAAUUGUCAUGAUGUUGUGUUGGUUUUUCCAAGCAGGCAUCAGUACCAUGUACAUAUUUCACUUUCCCCUCACGUUUUCUCACCGCAUAAUAUUGACUACAAGGACCACGUUCACAAAGCUAUCUUAGCGUUUCGGCUAUCGAAAACUCGCUAACCUAGUGUGAAGAGUUGCAAUACUUGUAGCUGAGAUAGUUUUGUACUGGUAAACAAUCUAAGAAAAAAAGUAUGUUAGGGCUGGGGAUUCAAAAACAGAUGAACGUUUAUUGUGGUGAUGUGUCGCCAUGGUUGGAAGACGUGGUAGCCUGGAGGUUUAAAGCGUUCGUAGCGUGUCAUUCCGGAGUUUGUUCUUUUGGGUACAAAGUAUUGUGUCCAUUCUGUGAGUGCUCCACAGUGAUAAGGUUUGGCUAUUACAAAAAUACCGGCGUAAAACCGUGUUGUCACAGCGUGGAAUAACGGUAUUAGAUACUAAGUAUACCAUGUGUAUUCAUAUCGGUGGGAAUGUAAUUUUUUCUUAGCCAUGUUUACCAGAAGAACGGGUCGAUGUUUUCGUAGUAGCUCUACUGAUUGAUGUCAUGUCAUUUCAUGUGUUCUCCACUGUUUUGUGUGACUCAAGAGACGAUAUUGCAUGUACAUUUCACUCAAUAUGCAACUGACCGUGACAAGAUGUGUGUAUAUAGACAAGUCCCCUAGAGUAACUGAUAUAGUGUUUUUUCAGCACGUACCUAGAUACAACCCUAUUAAGCAAAAUUAAUCAACAACCCUGUAUGUAUUAAUCGACAUGAAAUCUUUGAUUUCAUUUACGUUCUCCGCUUUAGAACACGGUUCCUCUAUUUUAAUUUCUUGUCUGGUUUAAAACUGAAUUAUUCAGUCAAACCUAUGUACUGUUGAUUUUAUUUACUGUUAACCAUAAUAAUCUUACUGUGAUAAAUGUGUUUAUUUAUUUCUGGGACGUGUUGUUUAAUCGUUAAUCCAGGAACACCGUACCGCAUUAAGUUUAUAGAGGGAAGAUGGAAUAUAAUGUUGAUUAUAAUAAAGUAGUGUAGUCACAACAAAAUAGACAAUCUAAAAAUAAACAGCCCUCAUGUAAGGAAACUGGUUUCGGGUACUGAAGCCAUUCACUUUGUGUUAUAAAUAAACCUCUUAGUCAUAACGGGUUAUUUCUGUAUCAGGCAAAAGGUUAAAAUUUAGUGUACGAAUUGAAUGAGAGCCACUAAUGCUCCCUGAGUUACCUCCCUUAGAUGGCGAACCGUUUGUUUGAUUUUCGUUAAAGAAUAGUUUAAAUAUAACAUGCCGUGAUUUUGCAACUUUGUAAAUUCGAACUUUCAGUAAUUGUUGCAUUUUUGAUAAAGUUGUUUUCACCAUGAUUUCAAACUGUUUUGUUGUAAAUAGACAAUUAAAUGGAGCUUUUGGUAUUUCUGAAUUUCAUCACACGGAACAAACGUAUAAUCACAUCUCAUUAUCGACUCUUCAGCUCAAAGUUUACUAACUGGAAAUAAGCCUAUUCUGACCUCAACAAGAUAUUAUAUAUUCUUUAUAAUCUAGUACAAUGCACCAAUUACUUCAUCUAUAUGUACAUUUGGGCUCUUUAUUACACCCAAUAGAUCUUAGUUGCCGUUAAAUGUUAUUUGAAAAUUUUGCUUGAUCUUUUAAUCUGAGCGGAUAAAGAGAGAUCACUGCUACCGUAAUGCCGACCCCAUAAUUUAGUUAGUAGUUAUGCCGCUGCUCUGUUAUUUGUUAAACACUUUGAAAUACAAAUGCCAAAAAUAUCAAAUUAUUUCUUAAAAUCAUUAUGUCAAUCUCGAUUAUGUACAACGCCUGCACACCAGCAAAUUUCAGUGGUUGAGCAAGGUAUAUAUAUUAAUUCGUUGUCUCUAUUAAACAUACAUUAGACCUUACAUUUUCUGUUUGGUUUACGAAUCCUCCGACAAUUCACCGAAAAUUCAGAAAAUUAUAUAAUCACAAUGGCAAGGUUUUUUAAUACCGCCGACGAUAAAGAUUGAUUUGACAUUAAAAAUAAUCCAAGGUGACUAAAGCAGAUGUUGUUCCAAGUAUAAAUCGUCAUAAUUAUUUCAUCACCAACCGAUCUAAACCGAACUUUAAGAUGAGUAAAAAAUUUGGACAAUGAAUAUUUUAUUUUAUUUUCGACCUACCGACCAAAUAUUCCUCGAUCAAAAUCCGUACCCCCCAAAAUGUCGUACUUACUUGUGUUCAUAAGCUGACUUGGUUAUAUGCCCUGCCCGGAUAGAGAAAUACAGUGAAACCCCGUUUAUCCAGAACCUGUUAGUCAGGACCCCCCAACCACCACCAUGACGGUUACUAUACAUUAUACAGAGAGACAUUACACCAGUGACUUGUUACCCGGACAUGCGUCAGUCCGGAUGAUCAUUUGGGAACAUCUGGAUAAAACGGGGUUUAAUUGCAUGUGGAACCUUGCCUUGUCAGUUAUCUUUGUCAAAACCUGUUGCUCAAUAUUUCUUAUACUACUGCAGCAACAUGGGUUUCACGAAGGAAGUGGACUGCGAAAGACGCCAUUAUAGUCAUCCGUGGUAGGGGUUUCUGUUGCUGUCAGCAGGCCAUUGCUGUAGAACACGCUCCUCCAUACACGUAGACCUGACCUACCCCGUUGUUCACUUGUUUUUAUAUGAUUGAUAUACUCUGAUAUGUACGAUAGAACUGGUUGUAUAAGUACAUGAUAUUUGACUGAAUGAUUUUGAAAAUAAAGUAUUCGCCUAAUAUGA